AGAAAGAUAACGAAAUAAAUAUUUAAAAAAAAUUAAUGAGGGAGACUGGCGGACAACAGGUUGAAGGCAGGUUGUGAAAUUUGCCAUUUGGUCUACUCAAACAAAAUCUUUGCAAAAAUCCUCCAAAAACAGAAAAACAGAAAAGACCAAGUAAUUCUUACAAACUUAGCAGACAUACUCUGCCAGCAACUUUCUCUCUCCUCAUCAUCCCUUUUAUUUCUCUUCUUCUUCCCUUAAUCAUCAUCAUCAUCAUCCACCAACUUUCUAUUCUCCCAAUCCUCAAAAUUAACAAUUAAUGUUUGAUAUUCAUCCUCUCUUGGUAACCGAAUUAUCAACGGGAAUUUUCAACGGACAGCGUUGAAUUUUAUUUGUUUUUUCAAAGGAACACCUUGUUUAUCAAUUUGAAGAAUCGAGAGGAAUUACAGGCUAUUACAAGACGUUGAAAUAGUACAAAUGGAGAUGGAGAUGCAAGAACCAAGCGUGGAUACAGACAAGUUAAGUUACGAAAUAUUUUCAAUCCUGGAAAGUAAGUUCUUAUUCGGUUAUGGUGAUGAUCAGAACAACAGGGUGAGUUGGAUACCAAAACAGAUAUCUCCAACGCACGAAUUUGGUGCAAAUAUAUCACCCGCUGAUGGGUCUGACGGCGGCGUUAGUUUAAUAAAGAAUCAGCGCGGGAAGAUAUGCAUCCUCAGCAUCGACGGCGGAGGGAUGAGGAACAUCAUCUCUGGGAAAGCGCUUGCGUAUUUGGAACACGCACUUAAGGUAAAAUCCGGCGACCCAGACGCCAGAAUCGCCGAUUACUUUGACGUUGCUGCGGGAUCCGGUGUCGGAGGGAUAAUGACAGCGAUGCUCUUUGCAACCAAAGACCGUACCCGUCCGCUUAUAAAAGCAGAAGAGACGUGGCGAUUUCUCGCUGAUCAGGGGAGUAAGAUAUACAACAGUUCCACAGGGUCAGGGUCAGGUUCAGGUUCGUCAAGAGGGGUUUUGAAAAGACUAUUAAAAGGAGGUGGGAGUAGUUCAUCAACCCGGUCUACAACAGCCGCGUUGGAGAAACUAAUGAAAGAGAAAUUCACUAACAAAAAUGGUCGAACUUUAACUCUAAAAGACACGUUGAAACCGGUUUUAAUACCGUGCUACGACUUGUCAAGCACCGCACCGUUUCUGUUUUCUCGGGCAGAUGCUUUGGAGACAGACGGGUUCGAUUUCCGGCUCUGGGAAGUCUGCCGUGCUACCUCGGCCGAGCCGGGGAUAUUCGAACCCGUCUGUAUGCGUUCAAUUGACGGUUCAACAAGGUGUGUAGCUGUUGAUGGUGGGUUAGCGAUGGGGAAUCCAACUGCCGCGGCAAUUACGCAUGUGUUGCAUAACAAGCAAGAAUUUCCCUUCGUGCGAGGAGUGGAGGAUAUUCUCCUACUUUCGUUAGGUACGGGUCAGCUUCUAGAAGGAAGUUACGAGCACGAGGAGGUUAAACAUUGGAAGUCUAAGCAUUGGGCUAGGCCCAUGGCUCGGAUUGCCGCUGAUGGAUAUACCGAUUUGGUGGAUCACUCCGUCGCUAAGGCUUUUGGGCAGUGGCGUACCACCAAUUAUGUUCGUCUUCAGGCAAAUGGAUCAAGCUUCGGAAGAUGUGGACCAUAUGUUGAUACAGAUGCAAGUCCAAGUAAUGUGAAAUUGCUGGUGGAAGUAGGCGAGGAAAUGUUGAAACAGAAGAAUGUUGAAUCAGUACUUUUCGGAGGAAAAAGGAUCAGUGAGCAGUGUAAUUUCGAGAAGCUGGAUUGGUUUGCUGAAGAACUUGUACUGGAGCAUCAGAGGCGGAGUUGCAGAAUUGCUCCCACUGUUGCGUUCAAGCAGGCUAAUCCAACGCCAACUUAAGCUAUUAAGAAAGAUUUUCCAAACGAGCCGAAACAAAACAAGUAAAAAGUAAAGAAAAAGGUAAACCGCCCUUAACUUUCUCAUGGUCCUGUUGCUGUUUACAAACACCUACCGCAUUAUGUUGUGUGCAUACCUUCUUCACUGCAUUUUUUUCUCUUGCGGCUUUAAGCUCAAUUAAGCUUAUGGUCCCCCCCACCCCCCUGUGGCUGAUGUUACUAGACUACUGUACAGUGCACCAAUUGGUGCAUCACUGCAUGGACGUCACGGUAUCUCUUGAUACCUUUAAAAGACUAUUUGGUUGUGCCGAAAGCAUUCUUCCAAAAAAGCGAUUUUUCCUUUUUCAUUUGUUAGGUUAUUAAAGGGGAAGAGUAAUCAAGAUGCACCUUAUAUCUAUUCUUUUACCUCUCGUCUUUUUUUAUUGCUUUUGGCUGCAUAUUUUUUUGAUGUCCACAAGAUACAUUACAUCAUGAACAAUUGUUUGACAAAUAUAUACUUGCUUGUUUUUCUUGCAACACUUUUUUUCUCGUCAACUCCAAUGCAAAAUUUGGGUAGGAGAGAGGUAGAGAGGAAAAAAAAGACAAGAUCCCAUGUUAUUGGAGAAAGAUAGAGAGAUAGAGAGAUAGAGAGAAGAAAAGUAAAAGUAGAAAGUGUUGCAAGUAAAAAAAAGGGAGGAAGUAUAUAUAUAUAUAUAUAUAUAUAAGUUGAUUAAUGAAUAUGUCAAUGUACAUAGUGUGAGGGAUUGAGAAAUAUUUUCAAAUAUAAAAAUUAAUAAAUAAUAUUUUCAAAUUAUAGAAAUUGAUAAAUAAUAGUUCAUUAGUAUACUUCAUAGAAUUUUUUUUUAUUAAAAGGAUAUAUUGGAGGGUUUAACAAAUCACUAUCAAGGUUUACUCGAAUAGUUGCCUUUUUUGGGGGGCUCCUCUCGAAAACCAUUGGUAAGAAGAAUUUCCUAGCUCAACUAUUGGAGGAGGAAGCAAGUGGUAGCUUUGGCAAACUAUAUUGCUCUACAGAGCUAGUAGCUUUUACCUUGGUGGGUUUCAGAGCAAUUUAACACAUACUUUUGGCUAAAAAUAAUAUAAAAACUACAAGUAGUUCUGAUUUCCAUUGAAAAAUGUUAUAACUUGAGAAUGGUGUAGUUUGGAAAUUUAAUGGGGCGAUCAAAGCUACCAAAGAUUAUAACUUCCCAUUAUAAACACUCUUAUAGUGUUUAUCUAUAGAGAACAGAAACCCCUGUACUCUUAUUUGAGAGUGGGGUAGUAGAACCCAGAUGCUGUCGCCUACCGACACUGAUUCUUACUUUUUGUGGGUAUGGGCCAUUAAUUUUUUUGGUCAUAUUGGAAAAGUGAAGCCUUUGAAGAGUAGGGCCUUUAGUAUGAUUAAAGGUGAUAUAAUUCAACAUUUCUCUUGCAAAAUUAGAGGCUUUAUUUAUUAAUCAAGCAUUAUUAAUCUGCUUAGGCAGUGAUUACGACGUUUCGAGCUUAUUGCUGUAGCAAAUCGUUUAGGGAGCCUUCUAUCUACUAGAAUUAGUAUUUUGGUCUGAGUGAUGUCCCAGAUCAGUUACAAUUAUAAAAUACUACCUCUGUUCUUUAUUAGUUUACCCACUUGGACUUAUAACUCUAUUCAUCUUUAUUACUUUGACAGUCAUUCGUACUUUAUAUGUAAGGAACAUAUAAUCAUGUGUGAUAUUGUUUGAUUCGUCUCAAUAUGUAGUUUUGAAAUAUUAAAUUUUUAUAAUUUUUACAUCAUUAGAGAUAUUAUUAUUCAAAGUUUUACAUCGAUAAAUGUGAAAAGUCAAAAGGGUAAACUAAUAAAGGAAGGAGGGAGUAUAUAAUGAAUGUCGAAGUAUUAAUUUAAAUUGCUAUAAUGAAUGUCUAUCUGUAUCCUUAGUUAAUAGAUUAACUUAUUUGAACUUUUUGUCACUAUAACAAAACUUAUGUGAGUGGGUAAAACCUCUUUUUAUUUAUCUAAACUUAUUAAAUGUUAUUAGUGUUUAUUCGAACUUACUUCCUCCGUUCCAAAUUAAAUGCAACAAUUCAAUUAACAUGGACUCCUAGGCAAAAUUUCUUAAGGAUUGAUUAACAAAAGUGAGGACAAGUGUUUAGUUUAAUUAAUCACCCCCCCCCCCCCACCACCACCUAAUGAAUCGACCACCUUUUGACACCACCUAAUCCACCGAGGCACUACCCCCAUCGAGAUUGGCCCGUUUCAAAUCUACCUGAGCCGCCACCACUAGCUCGAAACCACCAUCUAACGCACCGCAUCCCUACCCCGUCCCUCACAACCCCACCCACCCUCGAAAGCAUUGCAUUACCCACUUAAACCCACUCCAGCCCUCGAAACCUCCACCAUUACCAUCGAAACCAACUCGACCAGCCAAAACCACCAACGUUACCAAGCAAAACCUCGUUCCAUUUGAGAACAACCACCCCCAGCUACUGAAACCAUCAACCUCAUCCUCGAAACCACCACAUCUACAAGAAAGAUAGAGAGAUGAAGGAGAUCGAAGAGA